GGACAUAUCAUACCGUUCUCCUUCCGCUUAGUAACUGCUCAGGGCGAUUGCUCUGUUUGCAUUGUGCCGAAGUGUUGUAAUUUACGAUCUGCCGGUUGGUGUGCGUGAGCAACCAAUGUCUAUAUUCACACAUGCUCUGUUAGGCUUAGCGUGCACACGAUAGCCCUGAUUCUAACUGCUGCGAACUCAGUAAGUUGUUCAGGACAACAGGAACAGUACGUGCUGGGCACUCGACCGUUAGCAACUGCAGUCAAAACUAGGCCACACCCGUUGAAUGGUAUAUAAGUUCAAGUGCUGAAAUAGAAAGUGCUAGAAUCCACAGUUCUUUCGGUCAAACUUCAAUCAGACUGCCUAAGAAAGUUAGUCGUGCUCGUGAGCUAACGUCUCUUUAUUGCGUUGUGUGUUAUAUAAUAUUGCGUAUGUGACAGAGUUUCAGAAUCCAGACUGACGUCAUGGCAUUUCGACUGGUGCUGAGAAUAUCUCUCUGGCUGGUGUUGUUAAUCCUUCUAUGUGUCGCGUCAAGCGGAUGUGGACUAAAGAGGGAUAAAGAGGAGCCGGAGAACAAUCAAUCAGAAAGAAACAAAACUACUUCUCGGCGAUUCCCGUUUUCUUGGAGAUCCAGAAAAUUCCCUAUAUUACCUCCACGACUUCGCUCCACUACCACAACCACUACAACAACUACCACAACAACUGAAAAUUCGAUAAAUGUGGAAUUAGAAAAGCAUGGCGAACAGGAGGAUUUUCUGCAGAUUUCAUUUUCUGAAGACAGUCCUGCAGUAUUUUGGCCUGUACGCAGGCGCAUACCUUCUCGUGCUUUCCUUCCACCCAUAACCACAACUACAACCCCUAGGCCGCUACUCAAACUUUUGAAACCCAGACCCUCACGUCCAUUACUGUAUAGCUUGGACGGUUUUGUACCAAAACCCUCAAUUAAGCGGAUAACUACAACUGAAGCUCCAGCCCACAUUAAAGCUCUAUACGAAGCCAGAAAUAAGUAUUACGCCUCCUCUAGGAGAAGAAAGCUGGAUUCAAAUUUAACAUCAGAACCUCCGUCGUCCAAAGCAAGUGUGGGUACAAACAGUAAACCUGUAAGUAUUUAUACAGCUCACAUGAAGAAGGGGGAACCUGGAGUCGACUAUCCAAUCCAUAACUUUAUUCCUACGACCAACUUCGCCUGUGGUAGAGCACCAGGGAGAUUUGCUGAUCCAGAAACCGGCUGUCAGAUAUGGCACAUUUGCCCAGGUGGAUUUCUUGAGCAUCGCCACAGCUUUAUGUGUCCAAACGGUACUAUCUACAACGAACUCAGGGGAGUUUGUGACUGGUGGUAUAACGCACAGUGUGACAAAUCUGUCAGUCGCUUUGAACGAGAUGUGAACUUUGUACUGUCCGAAAACAUUCUGACUAAUCGCCAUGAAGAUGAGGAAACCCCGAUGUUGGAGCAAACAGCCUACAUCCAAAAUGUCGCCUAAGAAACUUGUAAGAACUAACCCACAACCUUACACCUAACGUCUUGGAGUAGUAAUACAAUAAUAAUUUUGUAUGAAACUGACUGGCUAUCCUACUCAAAGGUGUUAAGACCCUCCAAUAGAAUGUCAAAGCUCUCCCUAAAGGCUAGUGUCAGUGACUAAGACCGAGAAAAAAGGAUUAUGAAAUGCGUUUUUGAUGGAGAGAUGAAUACUGAAGGAUUGUAUAUAUUCUUGUAUAUUUCACCUCAAAGUUUAAUCUUAAUAUUUUAUCACACAUUAAAACAUUUUCCAUUAAUAUUCUGAAGUAAUUUCAAGGUCAGUUUUCUAUCCAUUUGAUUCAACAUUACAAACACGUUAUGGGUUUAUUUUAGUUUUCUUUAUAAUUCUGUGUAAAUUGAUUGCAGAAGUUCAUAUCACCAAUAAAGUUUCCUUCAUUAUACAAUA